AGUUCAGUAUGCGAGCCUCCCUCGUUGUAGUUGUCACAUUAGCCACAUUCGCCUUAGUUCAGUGUCAACCCGACUGGAAGCAAAAAUUCAAGUUCGUGCCACUCCAAGAAUCACUCAUUGAAGGACGUCCAAUCAGGAACUUCCUGCCUCCUCGAUACGAAAACUUAUUCGGACAACGAAGUACAAAGUUGAGAGUAGCAUCAUUUGCACCAUCAAUGAGUGACAUCACUGGCAAAGUCAAUCAGCAACGUCGUCAACUUUUCAGCUGGCAACCCUCCAACUCAGACAUUUUCCGGCGUUGAUUGAACUCUGUUG